UAGGCACACCUCUCCCGGCCCCCCCUUGCUCUGGAGCCUCAUGGAUGCCACCUCUACUUCUGUCCAUGUGUCACAGGGCUCAUUGCCCUGGGGGCAAGCAUUUGUUCUGGUAGCCAGCCCUGUCCUGGUGGAUGAUGGUCAGAGGAGGGGUAUCCAUCCCUCUUGGAGCAGUGCUGGCUGCUGGAGCCAAACUCCUCUUUGUGUUCCCUUGGCUCAUGGCUGGCAGAGCUGUGGCUGCCUCUCUCUGUGUGUUUCACAGCCUGUGCAGGAUCUGCUGCUGGCUCUGGUGUGGUGACAUGAGGCUGCUUUGUCCCUCCACAGGGAAGUGGUUUGUGAGCACAGGGAAGGACAACCUGCUCAACGCCUGGCGGACGCCCUACGGAGCCAGCAUCUUCCAGUCGAAGGAAACCUCCUCAGUCCUCAGCUGUGACAUCUCCACGGACGACCAGUUCAUCGUGACGGGCUCAGGGGACAAGAAAGCGACAGUUUACGAGAUCAUUUACUGAGCCCCAGAGGUGCCAACUGCAGGACAGGCAGCUGUCCACGGGGAUGGACAGGUGGACUCUACCUGCCCUGCUGCUGACUUCCCAAAGAACGUGCAGCCAGUGGCUGUGGCAUCCCAGCUGGAGGAGAGCAGAGAGGGGUGGAGAUGGCCCUGGGACUGUGGCCAGGCAUGGUGCAGGCUGCUGCUCGGGGUGGAUUUCCUGGGGACUUUCUCCUUGUUUUGUUCUUUGUGGGUUUCUUUCUAAAUCUAGACUGUGGGAGUUGGAGAUGGGGGGGAGGUCUGGCAUUGUUAGGGGUUUUGUUUGGGUGCUUUUUUUUUAACUUUUUGUUGUGGGGGUUUUAUUUGUUUAAGGCUCUGGGCCUGCCAGGGUGGAUGGGCUCUGGCCUUCCUUCUCUCUGUGCCUCCCAGGGUGUAUUUAAUAAUAAAAAACAAACAAAAAAAAAGGCAGCUGUGCCUUGUCCUGGGCAGUAGCCUCGAUGCUCUGUGGGGAUGGGAUGGAGCCAGGUGGGAAGGGUGACACCAUGGCAGCAGCCUUGUCCCUUUUGGUCACAACUUGCUGCUCCUUUCCUGUGCUGAGGAGGGUCUGAGGGGGCUCCUCGGUGGGCAGAGCCCAUCCCUGGCCCUGGCGGGGAGCAGGAGCCAGGAGCAGCAGUGUGGGCACAGAGUGGUGCUGGCUCUGCCAUGCCCCAGUGGAGCAGCCUCGGGCUGCGUGGGUGUGGGGGAAGAGGAGAGCCCUGGAGGAAGUGGUUUGUGAAGGAAAUGAGAUGUGAGCACUCAGCGCCUGCCUUAUCGCUCUGGCUGCCUGCCAGCACUGCCGUGGGCAAGCAGGGCUGCUCCCAGGAGCCCGGGGCUGGCAAGGGCUGCGGUGUGGCAGCUGCUCUGGGCUCCUGCCCCCAGCCACAGCUCACCACAGGCACCACAGAGCGGUGCUGGAGCUGGGGCUGCCA